AUGUCCUCUAAAGCCGAAACCCCCGCUCCCGCUGCUCCUCAGCAGCUCAGCGGCCUUGCUCUCUACUCCAGAUUCGCCUUCGCUGGUGCUGUCUGCUGUUCCGUCACCCACGGAGCUCUUACUCCUGUCGAUGUCGUCAAGACCAGAAUCCAGCUUGACCCCGUCACCUACAACCGUGGUAUGAUCGGUGGUUUCCGUCAGGUUAUUGCCAACGAGGGUGCUGGCGCUCUCCUCACUGGUUUCGGUCCUACCGCCGCCGGUUACUUCCUCCAGGGUGCUUUCAAGUUCGGUGGUUAUGAGUUCUUCAAGCAGCAGUGGAUCAACCAGCUCGGUUACGAGACUGCCUCCAACAACCGUACCGCUGUCUACCUUGCCUCUUCCGCCACCGCCGAGUUCUUUGCCGAUAUCGCUCUUUGCCCUCUUGAAGCCACCCGUAUCCGUCUCGUCUCCCAGCCUACUUUCGCUACCGGUCUCUUGAGCGGUUUCGGUAAGAUCCUCAAGAACGAGGGUGUCGGCGCUUUCUACUCUGGAUUCGGACCUAUUCUCUUCAAGCAGGUUCCCUACACCAUGGCCAAGUUCGUCGUUUUCGAGAAGGCUUCUGAGGCUAUCUACCGCAACUUUGACAAGGAGACCCUCACCGAUGGUGCUAAGACUGCUAUCAACCUUGGCUCUGGUCUCAUUGCUGGUUUCGCUGCCGCUCUCGUCUCCCAGCCCGCCGAUACUAUGCUGAGCAAGAUCAACAAGACCCCCGGCGAGCCUGGUGAGGGUACCGUCUCUCGUCUCAUCAAGAUCGGUAAGGAGCUUGGUUUCCGUGGCUCCUACGCCGGUAUUGGUGCCCGUCUGUUCAUGGUUGGUACCUUGACUGCUGGUCAGUUCGCCAUCUACGGUGACAUCAAGCGUCUCUUGGGUGCCACUGGUGGUGUUGAGAUCGGCAAAUAG